GUACACAUUGGAGGAAGUGCUGAAGACGCUGUUACAAAGACGUGACUUGGGUUCGGGCCUCUGCGAAAACAGUUUGCUCGGCGGAAUUUCGUAGAAGGACCGAAGCAGAUGACUCGAGCAUGUUCGUGGCGUCGUUCGGUCCUUCCCAAAUUCCGAGGCGCGACUGGAAGCUCGAGAAUCAUGUGGUUCCUGAAGCGGAAAACGAAGCACAACUUCCAGGAAUUCCGGUGGUCGUCGGCUGGAUGUGUGCCAUUUUGUUCGGCCUCACAACGGGAACCAUCUUGGUUACUUCUCUGGCGGUCUUCACGGAAGCCAACGACGUUGACGCAGACGCCCCUGACGAUGGGCCACGGCGAGAAUUUCUGUCGUGCACUACGCAGUCGUGCGCAUCUGCCGCCGAAGCGCUCACUAUGACCCUAAGCUUCGACGUCGACCCCUGCCACGACCUGUUCGGCUUCGUUUGUCGCAGAUACCAGGCAGAUUUCUUUGGAAUAUUCAAAGGGCUGCACAAUCAUGUCGUCACUCAGGCCAUGGCCGUUCUCUUCAAGACUCCAGAUCCUGCAGGUCACCAAGCGACAGCGAUUCACAAAGCCGCCAUUUUGCUCAGAUCGUGCAUGCGGCUCUUCGUUGGAGCACCAGCAGGGCAGACAACGACAACCGCCAAUGCCGUUCUUCAAGGCAUCAUGACAGAAUUUAAGCUCGACUUAGUUUUAAAGCAGUCCAGCACACAGGACGAACCGUGCGAAACCAUUAUGAAUCUUGGUCUCAAAUACAACAUCGAAAUAUUGGCCUCGUUAACAACAGGGAAUAACCUCGAGUGGAGGUCAAGAAGCACGAUAAAAAUAUCACGUAGCGUGGAAGACGUAAAUUGGUACGAAAGAAUCGGUAAAGACGCUGCUUCCGUCGCAAAAAUGUACGAAGGCUCUUUCGCGUCGUUUACCGGAAAGACUGGGUAUGGCGUCGAGGAAUUUAAAACGAACGUCCUCAAUCUGGAGCAGAAUAUCGCCCAAAUCGUUGCGAAAAUCCCACUCAAGGGCGACGACGAUCUGUCUUACGAACUGAAACCUCUGGCCAGUCUCCACUCGAAAUUUAGGGGUCCCAUUUUACGAAAUGGCCAAGGUUUUUUUAGUACCCGCAGCAGCGUUUUUGUCGACCCUCAAUUUAUGCGUUUUGUGGACGAGCUGGAUAAUCUCUCGAAGCAGGAAGCAAACUUCGCCAUAGCUUACACCCUACUGCGAAAGUACGGCGUGUUCUCGUCCAGUGAAAUCAUGAAGGUUGCGUCGCCUCAACCACUGGCUCGCGACUUUUGCGUGGCGCACGUGACUGACGUAAUGCCAGUGGCAUUUUCGGCGGCUUUUCUCUUCAAGCUCAUCACGAAUACCACCAUCCAAGUGGCCACAAACAUUGCCUUGCGCGUGAAGGACUCUUUCAUCGCUGCUGUUUCCAAGACGAAGUCCUUUGAUCAUGCCUCCAUAAUGGCAGCCAUCGCGAAGCUGAAAACGAUGGAGUUGUACGUGGCUUUUCCGAAGAUCAUCGACGACGGCAACAAGUUGAACACGUUCUACGAAUCGGUCGAUGUGCUGAGCCAAGACGCUUUCUUUGCGUCUUGGGUAAAAGCUGCCCAAGCGCUACAGGGCAAGAGGAUGAACGACGUGGUGGGCGCCGUGUAUCCCGUCUACAAGCCGGAUGUGUCUUACAUAGUUCAGAGCAACCGCUUAGUUUUGACGGCGCCCGUCCUGCGACCGACGCUGUUCCUUGAGGACGGACCGGUGUCGUUAAACUACGGCGGCCUGGGGGCUGUUAUUGGACGCGAGAUCAUGUACGGCUACGACAUCAACGGCAGCGGAUACGACUCUUUGGGGCAGAAGCAGAACUGGUGGUCUGACUCGGCGAAGGCACAUUACCUAAAGCUAGCGAAAUGCGUUCAGCAAUCUGCCCAGGCCUUCGCGUCAAGUGUCAAGACGUCGUCAAGAGGUACGGUGGAAGCGCUGCUGUUAUCUGACGUUGUAGGAUUACAAGUGGCAGUGAACGCCUUUGGUCUGGCCGGUGGCGAGCAUAGUCGGACUCUUCCACAGAUUCCUUUUACUCCCGUUCAACUGUUCUUCUUGGCUCAUUGCUUCAGGUGGUGCGAUCCCGAUGACACGAAGAAUGACAAACUCCCCAAUAAGGAUCGCUGUAAUGUCCCAGCGAUGAACACCGUUCAGUACGGGGAUGCUUUCAAUUGCACUCACGCUGACCGAAUGAAUCCUACACAAAAAUGUAUCUUCUUUUGACUAAUUGAUAUUUUGCGAGGUCUUUUAGCGUCCCAGAUGGGAUCCAUCUGCCAAUAAAAACGAAUUCUA